AUCCCGAGCCCCCCCUGUUCCUCCUCCUCCUCCUCCUCCUUCUCCACUGCACACUGCUUCUCCGAAUCGCCUACGAAAACGAAAGCAUGGAUCUUCUGCAAUCCUACGCGGAGGGCGACGACGACGACCGGGGCCCUCCCUCGUCGCCGGAAUCCUCCUCCCCUCCUCGCCUCCUCCCCUCCAAGUCCGCCGCCCCGAAGGUCGACGACACCACCCUCGCCCUCACCGUAGCUCAGGCCAACCAAACCCUAGCCCGCCCCAUCGACCCCUCCCAGCACGCCGUCGCCUUCAACCCCACCUACGACCAGCUCUGGGCCCCCAUCUACGGCCCCGCCCACCCUUACGCCAAGGACGGCAUCGCCCAGGGCAUGCGCAACCACAAGCUCGGCUUCGUCGAGGACGCCGCCAUCGGCUCCUUCCUGUUCGACGAGCAGUACAACACGUUCCAGAAGUACGGGUACGCGGCCGAUCCCUCCGCCUCCGCGGGGAAUGAUUACGUCGGCGAUCUCGACGCGCUCAAGCAGAACGACGGCAUUUCGGUGUACAAUAUCCGCCAGCAGGAGCAGAAGCGGCGGCGGAUUGAGCAGAAGAGGGAAGAUGAGGAGGAGCAAGGCGCGGAGGGCCCGGCCGAGGAGGCGGACCCGGUCGAGGUCGAUAACCCGGCCACGGACACGUGGUUGAUGAAGAACAAGAAGUCGCCGUGGGCGGGCAAGAAGGAAGGGCUGCAGGCGGAGCUGACGGAGGAGCAGAAGAAGUAUGCCGAGGAGUACGCGAAGAAGAAGGGCGAGGAGAGGGGCGAGGGCAGAGAGAAGGCGGAGGUGGUUCCCGAUAAGAGCACUUUCCAUGGUAAAGAGGAGAGGGAUUAUCAGGGCAGGUCGUGGAUCGCGCCGCCCAAGGACGCCAAGGCGACGAAUGAUCAUUGUUAUAUACCCAAGAGAUUGGUGCACACUUGGAGUGGGCACACCAAGGGUGUGUCUGCUAUUAGGUUCUUCCCCAAGCAUGGCCACUUGAUCCUCUCAGCUGGGAUGGAUACUAAAGUGAAGAUCUGGGACGUGUUCAAUUCGGGUAAGUGUAUGAGGACGUAUAUGGGUCAUUCUAAAGCUGUUAGGGACAUAUCGUUUUGUAAUGACGGCACUAAGUUUUUGACUGCUGGUUAUGAUAAGAACAUCAAGUACUGGGAUACAGAAACCGGGAAGGUUAUCUCUACUUUUUCGACCGGGAAGAUUCCUUAUGUGGUUAAGUUGCAUCCAGAUGAUGAAAAGCAGAAUAUUUUGUUGGCGGGAAUGAGUGAUAAAAAGAUUGUUCAGUGGGAUAUGAAUACGGGGCAAAUUACGCAGGAAUAUGAUCAGCAUUUGGGUGCAGUGAAUACGAUUACCUUUGUCGAUGAUAACCGGAGGUUUGUGACGUCGAGCGAUGAUAAGUCGCUUCGUGUUUGGGAAUUUGGGAUCCCUGUGGUUAUUAAGUAUAUAAGUGAGCCUCAUAUGCAUUCUAUGCCCUCGAUCUCGCUGCACCCGAAUACGAAUUGGCUUGCAGCCCAGAGUUUGGACAAUCAGAUUCUUAUUUAUAGCACUAGGGAAAGAUUUCAGCUGAAUAAGAAGAAGAGGUUUGCUGGCCACAUUGUGGCUGGCUAUGCUUGUCAAGUUAACUUCUCACCAGAUGGACGGUUUGUUAUGUCUGGAGAUGGGGAGGGUAGAUGCUGGUUCUGGGACUGGAAGAGUUGCAAAGUCUUCAGAACUCUGAAAUGUCAUGAGGGGGUAUGUAUCGGGUGUGAAUGGCAUCCACUGGAACAGAGUAAAGUAGCAACCUGUGGCUGGGAUGGCUUAAUCAAGUAUUGGGACUGAUCUUCUGACACCUUUCGUGCAAAGGUGUGGAUACUCCUUUGCUUCUCACAUUGCGGACUCUGAACAGCCUGUGCAACACAAGGCAUACUUUUCUGAGGCCAAUCAGUUGGAAUCUGCUGAGACUAGGGGAUCCGCAUGAGAAUGUUGUACUCACAAACUCCUUGUAACUAGAUGCAAAAUUUUCACCUGCCUAUUGUACUUUAGUUUGUUUUGCUAGCUGAACAUUUACCUCCAAUUUUCCCCGCUUAACUGCGAGAUGCAUCCCUGUUCAUAA